CUGGAUGAUUUGACACCUCUGCUGCCUAUUCUCCCUGUAUUUCAAGAAAUUCAUUCAAAUACUUUGGAAUUUAACAUUCUGCAUGAGACGGGUGUGGGCUGUCGCGCGACCAGAAAGGCUUUACAGUGAACAGACAGAGUUGUCACGUACCUCAGAGCCGCGAGCUAGCUGCUGUUCGUAAACGAUGUGGGCAUUGCAUAGGUUUCAUUCAUUUUGGCUAAGGCUAGCUCUGUAGCAGCGGUUGUACUUGCUAACGUUAAGUAACUUGUCGCUGCUGCACGUUCGUUACAAAACCUACAUUUUGACUUUUAUUAAUUGAAUUGAGAGAUAACAAUAUCGUGUCAACCAUUUCGCCAGUGUAACGUCGGCUAGUCUGCAAAGUGAAUUAAGUAAUAUGGAUUAUGAGCAUAAAGCGAAGGCAGUGGGUGACUGCUUGCUAAGCUACAAGACGGAUGAGUCCGGGUGGAAAGUAUGCAAGAAAUCGAAUGACGUGGUUGUGUCUUGGCGUCCCUCGUCCGAGUUCCCUGGGAAUGUUUAUAAGGGCGAGGGGAUUGUCAGCGGCAGCCCGGAGAAAGUGUGGGAGUGUCUGAAACCCGUACCCAGUGGGCUCAGAGUCAAGUGGGACAACAAUGUCAAAAGGUUCGAGCUUUUGGAACAAAUCACGGAGGACAUCUCUAUCUGCCGAACAGUCACACCCUCAGCAGCUAUGGGCAUCAUAGCUCCACGAGACUUUGUAGAUGUCAUUUUAGUCAAGCAAUACGAGGAUGGCACAAUUUCAUCAAAUGCCACCAAUGUGAGUCACUCGGGCUGUCCUCCCCAGUCUGGCUACGUGAGAGGGUUUAACCAUCCAUGUGGUUGCGUCUGUGUUCCCAUCGCAGGAGAGCCCAACAAAACCCAGGUGUUCAGCUUCUUCCAGACAGACCUGGGUGGCUUUCUCCCCCGCUCCGUGGUCGACUCGUUCUUCCCAUCCAGCAUGGCGGAGUUCUACAACAACCUGAGCAAGGCUGUCAAGUCCCUAAAGGGCCUUUGACACCAAGAGUUUGGAGAUCUGCCUUCAAAUCUGAGGCCUACUGACUGGUCAGGCCAGUUGAUUUAUUCCAUUUUAAACAAUUCAAACUCUGCAGCAUUCCGUACACUGUCAUUAUUAACUGCCUAUUUCAAAUCGCUCCAAUCCACACUUUGUGUUUAAUUAGUAUUCCUAUAUUCCUCUGUGACUGCAGGAGGGAUCCAAGUCCCAAAAUAAGAAUGAGGGCUUGCAUUUGUCAAAACCCGCACCU